AUGGCUCUCGUUAGAACCAACACUAGCAAUGGUCGGGAGCCAAUUCUCAGCCCCCAACCAUUGACGGUCCAACACAGCCAAGAACCGGUUCGCCCUUUGGCUAACUUUCCACCUUCCAUGUGGGCUGGUCGCUUUACUUCAUUCUCACUUGAUAAUAAUGAAUUGGAAGCUUAUGCGAACGCACUGGAGGGCCCGAAAGAAGCGGUGAGGAGUUUAAUAACGGACACUACAAUGGAUGCAACCACAAAACUAAAGUUGAUCUACUCGUUACAUCGUCUUGGUUUAUUGUAUCUUUAUCCACAAGAGAUUGAUGCAGAGCUUGAUCAAUUCUUCAAAAAGAUUGAUUUACAGUAUUACGAACAAGUUGAUUUGUACAAUAUUUCAGUGCAAUUUCAAGUAUUCAGACACCAUGGUUAUAAUCUAUCUUCUGGUAAGUCAACUUUUUGCAUGAAAAGAAACUUGACUAAACUUGCCAAAUAUUUAUUAGCUUAA